UGCGAACACUGAACCGCUCCAAAAUUUUUUCAAAAUAAAAAUGGCAAAAUCUUGAACCUUACCCAAGCGGACUCUCUCCCUCUUUCUUUCCUGGCACAAUUCUGCUCACUCACUGCUAGUAGUGUACUAUUACUAAAUACUACUCCUGCAGGGGGCUACUCGCCUGUCGCCGUUUUUCCUCAUCCCCUCCUCCUCCUCCAAAAAGAAAAACCCAGGACAUAUUGCAGCAUUUUUUUCUUUUAACGAGUAGUAUUUUGUUAGCAAGUGGCACCCAGAAUUGUAUUAAAAAGGAAAAAAAAAGAUUAGAUUCUUCUUCUUAAGAGCCUUGCCUUUUGUUUGUUUGUGUUUGAUCGAGUAAUCUUGAAGAAUCUGCAGAAAUGGCAGCGGUUUCCCCAACUUUACAAUCGCCUUUCCGCUCUCCCCACGUCUCCCGCGGUACUAUUACUCCUUCUGCCUCGCUUACCACCAGCUCUUCCUCUAUGCCUCCACUUCUUUGGUCAUUGUCUUCCAGCACCUGUUACAGCUUCUUAAGCUCAAGGUUCAGGACCCUUGACACUAUCGCUUUCAAGAUUCCCCCUCCUCCCACAUCCUUCCCCAUCCGGAUGUCUUGGGAUGGCCCUCUCUCCUCUGUCAAACUAAUCAUUCAGGGCAAAAACCUUGAGUUAGCUCCAGCAGUGAAGAGUCAUGUGGAAGAGAAGUUGGGCAAGGCUGUGCAAAAGCACAGCCAUCUGGUGAGGGAGGUGGAUGUCAGGUUGUCUGUCCGAGGUGGAGAAUUUGGAAAAGGCCCCAGAAUCCGAAGAUGUGAGGUAACCUUGUUUACUAAGAAGCAUGGUGUCGUUCGGGCAGAGGAAGAUGCAGAGACAGUGUAUGGAAGCAUAGAUUUGGUGGCAUCCAUCAUCCAGAGGAAAUUGAGGAAGAUCAAAGAGAAAGAUUCAGAUCACGGUCGUCACAUGAAGGGUUUUGACAGACUCAAAUUCCGAGAUGUUGGCGGUGCACUACCAGCAGCAGCAGUUGAAGAGGGCUUAGAGACGGUUUCCGAGGCACAAGAUAAAGAUGAGGACAUUGCCAAUGAGAUUGUUCGUACAAAAUACUUUGACAUGCCACCUUUGACUGUAAGUGAAGCGAUUGAGCAGCUGGAAAAUGUGGAUCAUGACUUCUAUGGUUUUCGGAAUGAGGAAACUGGCGAGAUUAACAUUGUGUACAAAAGAAAAGCUGGAGGAUAUGGACUGAUUAUUCCUAAGGGGAAUGGUAAAGCAGAGAAAUUGGAGCCGCUGACAGUUGAACCAGCUAGAGAACCUUCCAUGGCAGAGUAGAGGCAUAUGCUGUAAGUGAUUAAAACCAAAGUAUACUUUAUAGCAAAGAGUGCAACUCUGAGUAGAGGCAUUAUUGUAGCUUACGAGAAGGAAUUUUCUGCUGCAACUUGAAUAGGGCCGUGUAAGAUGAUCUUGUAUAUAGACUGAGGAGAAACAUUGGGUUAGGCGUCUGCCUUCUUGUACGGUGAGGUGCAGUGUGCCGUUUACUGCUUAUGGCUGAAAGCAGGACCGCUUACGAAAAACUGGAUUUGUUUCCUUCUGAAAUUUUAUACAGAAAGAUGGAUCUGAAUUA